AUGGACACCUUAAGAAGAUUCGCUUAUAAAAUAAUUUUUUACGAAACAACACCUUCUUCUAUUCCAUCUGAUAUGAGCCAAAGGCUCGAAAAUAUAUUAUCUCUUAAUCCCGAAGAACCUAACAUUUGUCCUAUGGUAGCCGAACCAAGUCAGACUUCUUUCGUGGCUGAUAUAUUAGGGGAGAAUCUACAAAUAAGCUCAUUAGGAAAUCCAUCAGAAAAAUUACAAGAAUCGUCGGAGGAGGAUGAUGAAACCAAUAAUGAAGGAUCAUCGGAAGAGGUCUCAUCAGAGGAGAAAUCAUCAGAUGGGAAAAUCCUUGAAGAAACACCAAAGAAACCUAUAAUUACACGUGGGCAAAAAAUAACACAGGGUUUAAUAUUAGAAUUAUCUGUACCUACUGAAGGUGUUGAGAUCGCUAAAACUAGUAGUAAUGAAGAGCGUUCUAAUACCGAAACUACAAACCCUUCAGCACUGACUAUUGCCCGAUUUUUCCAAAGAGAGUUACAAGCUGAAAAAGAUGCGAUUCAAGGGAAUCAAAAAGAAAUUCAGUCCUGGUAUCGAUAUGCUGAGAUGCAUGGAAACAAAUUUACAAUGGGUGGAUUUAUCAAUGUUUCAGUUGUUUCACCAAAAACUUGGUCAGGUGUAAAACACAUCAGCCUUUAUGACAGGGACGAAAAUGAUUCUCAUAAAGAUACGCAAAAACUCGCUAGGACACAUUCCUUGUAA